GUGGCUUGGAUGCAUUUCGAACAAUCGGCCAUCUUAACUGUACACAAUCAUGUGAUAACGCGAAAUCCACGCAUCAGUGUGACACACGACAAACAUGAUCGCCAUCGCAGCUGGUAUUUACACAUCAACAAUGUCCAGGAGGAGGACAAAGGCCGCUAUAUGUGUCAGAUCAACACAGUGACGGCCAAAACGCAAUUUGGUUAUCUCAAUGUAGUUGUGCCGCCCAAUAUUGACGAUUCUUUGAGUUCAAGUGACGUCAUAGUGAGAGAAAAUUCGAACAUAUCACUGAGAUGUAAAGCCACUGGUAGCCCCAAACCGGUUAUCAAAUGGAAAAGGGAUGAUAAUUCCCGGAUAACAAUUAGUAAAAAUCAUAUAGUCAGCGAAUGGGAAGGUGAUACAUUGGAAUUGACACGUAUCUCUCGCUUGGAUAUGGGCGCCUAUUUGUGCAUAGCCUCAAAUGGAGUGCCACCCACGGUUUCGAAGCGCAUCAAAGUUAGUGUGGACUUCCCUCCCAUGCUAUUGAUACCACAUCAAUUGGUUGGCGCUCCCGAAGGUUUCAAUGUAACAAUCGAAUGCUUUACAGAAGCACAUCCCACAUCACUUAAUUACUGGACAAGAGGUGAGGGACCAAUUAUCCAUGAUUCCACCAAAUACAAGGUUGAAUCUAGCAUAGGAGUGCCUACAUAUAAGACCCACAUGAAACUAACCAUACUCAAUGUGAGCAGUGGUGAUGAUGGCAUUUACAAAUGUGUGGCAAAAAAUCCACGCGGUGAAACAGAUGGCAUCAUAAGAUUAUAUGUUUCAUAUCCACCCACAACGGCGCCCACUGGUAAUUUCCUCACCGAUCCAACACGAUGGGAUGGUGCAUAUGGUUCAGAUUCAUCACGUAGCCAUCAUGGCGCGGAGAAAAAUACACAUUAUCAAACAAAUCUUAAUGAAAUCGCUUUAUCUCAACAAAAAUCUCAACUCGUAGAUAAAACUGCUGGCACGAAUGAUAUCUACGGCCUACCCGGACAAGGUGAAGAGCUGUCAAGUGCUGCUACCGCUACUAUAGGAAAACGCUUGCAAACCCUGGCAUUGUUGUUAAUUUUGUUUAAAUAUAUUUAA